AUGAGCGCGCUGGAGGCUAUCUGGGGUCUGCUGCGCCUCUCGCUGGCGGUGGCCCUUCUGGCCUUCGGCCUUUAUUGCUGCUACAUCAAAUACGUCCACCUGAAAUAUGAUCAUAUCCCCGGCGCCCCGAGGGCCAGCUUUUUCUUUGGUCACCUGCCAUACCUUUGGAAACUGCUUAAAAAUAAGGAACUGAUUCAUGAUCUCUUUCUGAACUGGGCUGAAGAAUAUGGACCAAUCGUGCGUUUUAAUGCUUACCACAGAAUGUUAGUGAUGGUAUUUAGUCCAGAAGGAGUAAAGGAGUGUCUGAUGUUACAGCAGUUCCCAAAGGACCCAUUUGUGUAUGGUCAUCUGUAUAAUAUAUUUGAUGUGAGAUUUUUUGGGAAGGGCUUGGUAACAGAUCCUGACUAUAACCACUGGCACAAGCAGCGGAAGAUUAUGGAUCCAGCUUUCAGCCGAACAUACUUAAUUGACUUCAUGGGAACCUUCAAUGACAAAGCAGAAGAAUUGAUGAAGGUGUUGGAAGAGAAAGCUGAUGGAGAGACAGAAGUUGAUAUGAUGAACCUACUGAAACGCGUGACUCUUGACAUCAUUGCAAAGGUGGCUUUUGGCUUAGAAAUGAACACUCUAUAUGAUGACCUGGCGCCUUUCCCACAUGCUAUGAAUAUGGUCGCUCAAGGAAUCGUUGACCAGCGCAAACCUUUAUUCAAGUACAUGCCGGGCAACAGAAAAGUAGUGACAGAGAUUAGAGAAAGUUUGAGGUUGUUACGUCGCACCGGAAAGGAGUGUAUCGAGCAGAGGCGCAAGGCCAUACGGAACGGAGAGGAGACCCCUUUGGAUAUUCUCACUCAGAUCUUGAAGAAUGCAGCACAGGAGGGGGACUGUGAUGAUGAAAACAUGCUGGACCACUUCAUCACCUUCUUUUUUGCAGGUCAUGACACCACUGCUGGUGAGUUGUCUUUCACCAUCAUGGAAUUGGGGCGGCAACCUGAAAUAAUGGCGAAACUUCAGGCUGAAGUGGAUGAGGUUGUUGGUGUGAAGAGGGACGUUAGCUAUGAAGAUCUGGGGAAACUCCAGUACUUAUCACAGGUCCUCAAGGAAGUCCUAAGAUUGUACCCACCAGUUCCAGGCACUGCACGGCGGAUGGAAAAAGAAGGCAUUAUAGAAGGGAUCAAAAUUCCAGCAAACACCACUUUGUUAUUUGAAACAUAUGUCAUGGGACGCAUGGAAAGGUUUUUCAAGGAUCCACUGAUUUUCGAUCCUGACCGAUUUGGCAAAGAGCAACCAAAGCCUUACUAUUCCUACUUCCCAUUUUCCUUGGGGCCUCGUUCCUGCAUUGGACAAACAUUUGCACAGAUGGAGACUAAAGUGAUGAUGGCCAAAUUUCUGCGGCGGUUUGAAUUCCAGCUGGUUCCCCCACAGAGCUUUAAAAUUUUAGACACGGGAACAUUCAGGCCCUUAGAUGGCCUGGUAUGCAGGCUGAAGUCACGAAACCAUCUUGCAUUUGAAGAAGAUUAA